AUGGAGUAUGAAGGAAAGCUAGAUGAAGAAACUGAGGCUCUCGGUGCAGAAUUAGAGAGCUUAUUACAAGGUUAUCUAGGCAUUAACAUGGUGUUUAUCCUGCCAGAAAAGUUCAGGGCAACAGAAGGACAAGAAAGCAUUUGGAAGGAGAUGUGCUCUCCUGGGAAAGUUUUGAGUGCAGGUUGGCAAAAGUAA